AGCAAAGUAACAACUAAAGCGGAUGAUGCUCAGUUAUCCAGUGAUUAUUCGACAUUAGAGUGUUCCUUUAAUUCUCAAAUCACCUCUUGUCAUCUUUAUCCUUGAAUAAAAUCAAUUUUUUCAAAAAACAAUAAUAUCGAAACUCUUGUUAUUUUUUUUGCAAAAAAAAAAAAUCGUUCUCCAAACGAACGAUUAUAAGAAAGUGGAUUAUCCUUCCGGCGUCCAUGCAGGAGCAAGUCACGUGACCUGUCAUUAAAAACGGACUGCCGGAAGGAUGGACGAGGAUGCAAAAUGCGGUCUUUGUGGAAUUUAUCCCAAAUGGCUUGCAGGAAGAGCAACGUCAAAAGUUUUUAUUAUAGUUUAUGGCCUUCUUGGCACUGUUCAAAGUAUGGCUUUUGUGUAUGUCAUGGUCACGUUAACAACACUUGAGAAAAGGUUUAAAAUUCCAAGUCAAACAACAGGAAUAAUACUCUCAGGAAAUGAGAUAUCACAAAUUUUAUCACUAGUUUUAACAUAUUAUGGAGGAUCAGGUCAUCGGCCAAGAUGGAUAGCAGUUGGCGUUGCAUUGAGUGGACUCUCAUGUUUUGUAUUGGCCCUUCCACAUUUUAUAUAUGGACCGGGUAAAGAUGCAUUGGCAUUGACAAGUGAAUAUCUCGAUCAAAAUUUAAUUAAUUCAACAUCAAUUGACGAUCUUCCAACUUGUUCGGGAGAAAAAAAUCAACCACACUGCGAUGAGGAAUCAUUGCAGGAUAUAAGCAUUCUUCCAAGAUUAUUGGUAUUUUUGUCACAAUUUAUUUUAGGAAUUGGUACCACACUUUAUUAUGGCUUAGGACAAACUUAUCUCGAUGAUAAUACUCGAAAGAAAAAUACUCCAAUGCUAUUAGGAUUCACAUUUGCACUUCGAACACUUGGACCUGUUGUGGGAUUCGUUUUAGGCUAUGCUUGUUUAAGUUUAUAUAUAAAUCCUACUUUACAUCCAGUAAUUACUAAAGAAGAUCCACGAUGGUUGGGAGCAUGGUGGCUUGGUUGGAUAAUUCUUGGAACGACUAUGGCAAUGUUUGCAGUUUUUAUUGCCAUGUUUCCUCGUCAUUUGCCAAAAUCAAAUACAUCUUCAAAGAAGCCACAAAUUGGAGAAGAACCAUUAAAACAUGAUUGCUCACCAAAAAAAAUGGAGAAAAUUAAAGAAAAUUCAAAUAAAAAAAUAAUAAAUACAGAAAUUGAAUUUAAACCAACUGUAAGUGAUUUCAUGACAUCAAUGAAACGAUUAAUGCUGAAUCCAAUUUUAACUUGUAAUAAUUUAAGUGGAGUUUUUUAUAUUCUUGGUGCGUCAGCCUAUAUUACAUUUAUGUCGAAAUAUAUGGAGGUUUUAUUUGGUGUUUCAGCUGCAGGUAGUUCAAUGAUAACAGGACCCAUCACAUUAAUUGGAAUGGUAUUAGGUUUUUUGGUAUCGGGAAUUGUUAUUAGUAAAUAUAAACCGGGACCACGAAUUUUACUUGGUUGGAAUGUUAUUAUUGGUUUAUCGUAUAUUUUAGGACAAAUAGCAUUUUUAUUUUUAAGCUGUCCUGGUACACAAAUACAAGGAAUUGAUCCAAAUUCAAUGCAGAUAAAUCUCAACUUUCCAUGCAAUGCUGAUUGUUCUUGUGAUAAUGUGAAAUAUUCACCAGUUUGUUAUGAGCCAACAAUGACAACAUUUUUCUCAGCAUGUCAUGCGGGUUGUAAAAAAGUACUUUCAAAUGGUGAAUAUGGAAAUUGUAGUUGUACACAAAAUCAAAUGAAUAUUCAACAUUCAUAUUAUGAAUUAAAUGCAAAUAUAUCAUCAUUGACUGAAGAUGGAUAUUUGACGACAAAUAUUUUUGAUAUUGUUAAAGCUGGUGCAUGUAAAAAUGAUUGUAAAAAACCCUAUUUAAUAUUGACAAUUAUAAUGUGUCUUAUUCAAUUGUUGACAUGUUCGGGAAAAAUUGGCAAUGUUUUAGUUAAUUAUCGAAGUGUUGAAGAUCGAGAUAAAGCAUUUGCUCAAGGAAUAACAUUAAUGUUGAUCUCACUUCUUGCACUUAUUCCAGGACCCAUUAUCUAUGGGGCACUUAUAGAUUCCACUUGUCUUGUGUGGGACGAGGCUUGUGGUAUGAAGGGAAACUGUUGGGUUUAUGACCCAGAUAAGUUUCGUAACUAUAUUAACAGCACGGCAAUAUGUUUUACGAUAAUUGGCGUUAUAUUUGACAUUGGAGUUUGGUACCUUGGCAAAAAUGUCGAUUUGUAUGGAGCAAAUGACGAUAUGAGACAUGAUUUUGUCAAAUCAUUAACAGUAGAGCAAACAAAUAAUGCAGAAAAACAUGAAAAUAAAAAUUCAACUUAAAUUUUCUAUUUCAAAA